GUGGUCGGUGUAGAACGUACGUAGGGUAACACACUUUGCUGAAUUAGUUUAUUUAUUUAAACACCGACUAACAUCUUGUGGUUCAUUGAAAUUCUUGCAUCGUAGAUGAUGUUUAAAACAUCAAAAUAAUAUUUGUUGGUGUAUUACCGACGCUGGGGAUAACAUUGUUAAAAUUUAAUAAGAAAUACGUGAGUGAGUGAGCAAUUUAUUAUACAAUGGAAUUAGAUUUAAUGUUAAGAGUAUGGACUUUUAUGUACACGUGUUUAUGGAUAAUAAUUGUGGUAAAAGAAUCGGAUGGUACUGAAUAUUCUGUACGGUUAACAGAUGCCGGAAAAGUUAGAGGACUUGUUGAAAUGGCCCAUGGGCAAAAGAAAGUCGAGAAAUUCUUUGGUAUCCCAUUUGCUAGUCCCCCCGUUGGAGUGUUGAGAUUAGAGCCACCCGUGCCGACGAAGCCCUGGUCGGACAUCAUGGACACGCUCGAGCUACCUCCCGCCUGUCCCCAGCCUAUCGAGGGCGUGGCCUACAUAGAGUACCACGUGCCAGGGUUCAACCGCACAAGCGAAGACUGCCUUUUUUUAAACGUGUACCUACCGAAGGGAACCCAUCACCGUUCCAUGCCAGUGCUAGUGUUCAUACAUGGUGGGUCUUACCAGAACGGCAUGGGCGCCAUGUUGGACGGCAGCGUCCUGGCAUCACAUGGCGUCGUGGUUGUCACGUUCAACUACCGCCUGGGACCUCUGGGUUUCUUGUCAUCCGCGGACAGCCACAUAACCGGUAACUACGGCAUGCUGGAUAUGAUAGCGGCUCUGAAGUGGGUGAAAGCGAACAUCGCGGCCUUCAACGGCGACCCAGCACAGGUCACCAUUGACGGUCACAGCGCCGGGGGUUGCAGCGUCGGUCUCCUGUUGAUGUCUCCUUUGGCUAAAGGCUUAUUCCACCGCGUCAUCCAGCAGAGCGGGUCGCCCUUGGGCAACUGGGCUGUGCUGAGGCGCCAGACGGAGCCCAACUUCGUGUACAACAUAUUUACCUCCUCCGUGCGCUGCUACAACAUGUCCUCUUUGGAGACGAAACGCUGCUUGCAGGCGCUCGACUCUGCCACCCUUGAGCACACUAUUAUGGAAGAAUUUGAGUGGAUGACAUCAUUGACGCCUCUCUAUCGGCCGGUAGUUGACGGCUACUUCCUACCGCGGACUCCGGAAGAACUGGUCAUUUCCGGUACGGUGAAUGCCGAGGCAGUGUUGACUGGCGCCACGCAAGAUGAAGGCCUCAUUGCCGCUAUACCAUUGAUCAAACUGUUUGGCGUGGGCAAGACAGGUUACCGGAAGUUAUUGUCGCUAAUGAGUAGUUUCCGUGGCGAUCUACCGGAAAUAUCAGGCAUUGUGGACUCAGUUCUGUCGCUUUACAUCCGACAUGGCAUCAGUGAUAUUUCUGACGAGGCCAUCGAGAAAAGUUUUGCAGAGAUCGUUGGUGACUACUUUAUAACUGCACCCACUCACCUGUUGGCAGAAAGAUUGUCUCAACGAAACGUGUCCGUGUAUUUAUACAAUUAUGAAUACAAAUCUCCACUGGAUCCGUGGGACGGAGCUGUUCACGGAGCGGAACUAUUUUUCCUCUCCGGUUGUCCAUUCACGGGUCACAGGAACUUUCGGUACGACAGUACGGACAAGGAGAUGUCACGGAUGCUACUUCUAUUGUGGACAAACUUCAUCAAACACGGAGCACCGUCAUUACAGCCCCGUUCCGACAUUUCCUUGCCUAGAUAUACCCCUCGAGUGAAGGCUUACACUAGAAUUAUUGCCAAUAGCGAGCCAUCACUGACCUUUGCAGCAGAUCUAAGACGAGACAAAAUUGGAUUCUGGAACGAACGGGUACCUGAAAUGUUCCGUGAAGAACUCAGACGUCACGAUAGUAACAAUAUUGACGCCUCGCACUUAAGCUUUAACAAGGUUAAUUCCCACUAUUUGGCGAACGUUAAUAGCAAAAACACGUGGAUAUUGACGUCAGUGUGUUUGUGUCUGACAGUGCUGACGAUUGUUUUGACUGUAGGAUACUACAGAAUGAGACGGGAAGUAAAUCGUCUCUUGAGACAGAACAGCCUGUCUAGUGCCGAGAGAAUGCUACCUCCGAUGGCUAGAGUGUAAAACGUAUCAAACAAUUUCCUUACUGGCCUGUUAGUAUAUACUGCAAAUACUCGCAUUUAAAAAUGCAUGCCAUUUGGGGUUUUUAUAUGCACGCACAAAUCAUUAAAAAUUAACUAAAAAAUACUUCAACAUAAAAUAUAAAAAAAAUACGGUUCGAUCUCACAUUCAUAACAUUAAUAGCAGUAUAAAUAGCUAUACUCAUUAUAAUACUCGACAUAUGAAACCCAGAUUAUUAGCUUUUUUUUUACUUCAAAAUAACUUUUACAUGUAACACGUGAAACACUACAAAAUAUAAAUGUUGUGUACGCUAAUGGGUCACGGCGGGAAUAAAAACGUUAUUUACACCUGUAUGUCUCAUGUAAUAGGACCACGUAUACAACCAUCUACCUGACGUAAAUAAUUCCAUGACAAAAGUUGAGCAGGGAACGGUGGAAGGGGUUAAUGGUAAAGCUUGUGCACGAACAUUUUGUACAUUUUCCCGAGUCUAUGGGGUGUUUGAUUACCAUUAUGAAUCCCAUACUUGUUACAUACCAUUUUGUUUAAGUAUGAUGUCUAGGUUUAAACAAAUGAUUGCACAGUUCUUAUUGACUAUAUAUAGUGCGCGUUCAAUAUAAAAAUUAACACGUUUUUAUAUUUAACCAUCAAAUUUUAAAACAAUAUUUAGCAACUAAUACGUGUAUAUAUUGUUAUAUACUUUUACGGAGAACUAAGUAAUUGUUUAUCAUAUUCAUUUCAAUUCUAUAUUUCAAUGAGAUGUGUGCAUGUUAAUUUACAUUAUAAUCAUGAUAACAUUUGCAUUUUGAAAAAGACAAUCAUCCAUAUCGUGCAUCGUUCAUGAUGUUUUUGUCUACUUGUAACCUCACUUUAUCACAUUAAAAGACCCAGUCAAUAUAUUUUUUUAUUUUAUUAAAUAGUGCAUUCGUUCUAACGAAUGUUCAUGUCUUUUUAUAUUUUUUAAAAAACGUGACGUAUUAUAGUUUCACCCUUGGCGGGC